CAUAGACAAUUCCUCCAUUCGUCAGUUUUCGGGUGAAGAGGCAGCGCAGUUUGGUGUUUUAUUGAGCGGCCUGCCUUUAGAAAACAGAAUCAUGGCCAAAACCAUCUCCCUAACCCAGGCAAACAAGGAGCAUGCCCUUGUUGUAUCCAGGGAUUUCAUUUCCCAGCCCCGUCUGACAUACAAAACAGUGUCAGGUGUAAACGGGCCCCUCGUAAUCCUCGAUGAGGUGAAAUUCCCCAAAUUCUCCGAGAUUGUACAACUGAAACUCGCUGAUGGCACCCUACGAUCUGGACAGGUGUUGGAAGUCAGCGGCUCGAAAGCCGUUGUACAGGUGUUCGAGGGUACGUCGGGUAUUGACGCGAAAAACACACUCUGUGAGUUCACCGGCGAUAUCCUGCGUACGCCCGUGUCUGAAGAUAUGCUGGGCCGUGUGUUCAACGGCUCCGGCAAGCCUAUCGACAAGGGACCUCCGAUCCUUGCUGAGGCCUACCUCGACAUCCAGGGCCAGCCCAUCAACCCCUGGUCCCGUAUCUACCCCGAGGAAAUGAUCCAGACUGGUAUCUCCGCCAUCGACGUGAUGAACUCCAUUGCCCGUGGCCAGAAGAUCCCCAUCUUCUCCGCAGCUGGUCUGCCCCACAACGAAAUUGCCGCCCAGAUCUGUAGGCAGGCUGGUCUUGUUAAGGUGCCCGGCAAAUCCGUGCUCGAUGACCACGAGGACAACUUCGCCAUCGUGUUCGCAGCCAUGGGUGUGAACAUGGAGACGGCCAGGUUCUUCAAGCAGGACUUCGAGGAGAACGGUUCCAUGGAGAACGUCUGCCUCUUCCUUAACCUGGCCAACGAUCCCACCAUCGAGAGGAUCAUCACACCACGUCUGGCUCUGACUGCCGCUGAGUUCUUGGCUUAUCAGUGCGAGAAACACGUGUUGGUAAUCUUGACGGACAUGUCUUCGUACGCGGAGGCUCUGCGUGAAGUGUCCGCCGCCCGUGAGGAGGUGCCCGGACGUCGUGGUUUCCCCGGUUACAUGUACACGGAUUUGGCCACAAUCUACGAGCGCGCGGGUCGUGUUGAGGGACGCAACGGUUCGAUCACACAGAUCCCCAUUCUCACUAUGCCUAACGACGAUAUCACGCAUCCCAUCCCCGAUUUAACGGGUUAUAUUACUGAGGGACAGAUCUACGUAGACCGUCAGCUCCACAACCGUCAGAUCUACCCGCCAGUGAACGUAUUGCCGUCUCUGUCUCGUCUCAUGAAGUCCGCCAUCGGCGAGGGCAUGACCCGCAAGGACCACUCCGACGUGUCCAACCAGCUGUACGCCUGCUACGCCAUUGGUAAGGACGUGCAAGCGAUGAAGGCCGUGGUCGGUGAAGAGGCCCUCACACCAGACGAUCUGCUGUACUUGGAGUUCCUCACCAAGUUCGAGAAGAACUUCAUCACGCAGAGCAACUACGAGAACCGCACAGUGUUCGAGUCCCUGGACAUCGGCUGGCAGCUGCUGCGUAUCUUCCCCAAGGAGAUGCUCAAGCGUAUCCCCGCGGCCACGCUCGCAGAGUUCUACCCGAGAGAUUCCCGCCAUUAAUCCUCCCCAUCCCCAUUUACCCCCCUCUAUCCUCCCUUUUACCCCCCGGAUGCGAUGUUCUAACCCCCUUCAAGUUGUUUUACCAAGAAGGGCCGUUGACUGCAUUUUAAAUGAAUUGUAUAUUAAAUAUUAUUUAUGUUUUAAUCUGUGUGCAAUGUCUAUUUAUUGUUUCAAUAAAAUAAUUGUUUAUACUCGAUUUGUUUCUUGAUAACCGAAUGUUGGAACGUCGCGUCCAUCCUUGUAAGAUAUUAUCGUAUUAGUAAGUUGUUAAUAGUUAAUGUCGUGUAUAUCGAUUACAAAAUUAAACGUGUUGAUAUUUAAAGCCAUAUUGUUAGAUGAUUAUGAAAUACAUAAUAAAUAAAAGUAUUUUUCGCUCGUUUUUUUUGCACAAAUCAUUAUAUUGAACGCUGUGCGGUUAAAUUUAUCAAAUAAAGAAAUAUGUGAUGUCGUUCGACAGUGUAAAUAAUGCGGUAACAAAAUGUUACAUUCCAUGUUCUAUGUUCACUCCAAAGUUUCAUAUUCUAUUUAAAGUGAAUUAGGAUACUGUUGUUUGAAGAAAUAAACUAUAGAAGUUUUAA